GGGAUGGAAUUGCCAUUUACUGAGGUGGGGUUGACUCUGAGGAGGAGAUUGGGGAAUAGAUAGUCAACAGUUUAGUUUUGGACUUGUUGAGCCUAAGAAUCUUAGUUGACAAGUGUUGAGUGGGCAGUUGGGUAUAUGAAUUUGGAAUUCAGGGGAAAGGUAUAGGUGGAGAUAAAAAGUUGGGAGUCAAAAUAAAAAAUAAGUUGGGAGUCGCCAGUGUACAGUUCUUUUUAUAGCCACGAGACUGGGUGAGAUUACCUCAUGGGAAGAGUCACAAGAGUUGAGCCAAGGGGUAGUUCAAUAUUUUGAGGUCUUGAGAGAUGUGAAGGAAUGAGCCAAAGAAACCUAGAAGAAUGGCCAGAGAGAUUAGGAAGAAAAUUAAGGGCCAGUAGUAUCUUAGGAGUCCAGAGAAGAAAGGGUUUCAAGAAGAAAGUAAUGAUGAACUGGGUCAAAUAAUACUGAUGCAGCAAGAAAGUGAGGCCUGAGACUUUACUAUUCAAUUUAGCAACAAGGACGUCAUUGGUGAUCUUAAAAAGAAUGGAAGGAGGAGGAAGAGCCAAGAUGGCGGCGUGAGUAGAGCAGCGAAAUCUCCUCCCAAAAACAUAUAUAUUUUUGAAAAUACAACAAAUACAACUAUUCCGAAAAGAGAGACCAGAAGAUACAGGACAACAGCCAGACUACAUCCACACCUGGAAGAACCCUGCACCUCACGAAGGGGGGAGCAAGAAACGUGAAAGAGAGCCAGUUUUCCCAAAAUUGCUGCAGUAAGAAGAGGAAUUUGUUUUAAACAGAGGUUGAAGAAACUAUAGAAUUAGUAGACAAGAGAAAGUGGAGAAGGUAGAGGAUGGAGUUGCAGACUCUACAGGAGGCUCUUAAAGUGGAAAUUCAGGUUCACCAGAAACUGGUUGCUCAAAUGAAGCAAGAUCCACAGAAUGCUGAUUUAAAGAAACAGCUUCAUGAACUCCAAGCCAAAAUCACAGCUUUGAGUGAGAAACAGAAAAGAGUAGUUGAACAGCUACGGAAGAACCUGAUAGUAAAGCAGGAACAACCGGACAAGUUCCAAAUACAGCCAUUGCCACAAUCUGAAAACAAGCUGCACACGGCGCCGCAGCUGCAGCCACAGCAGUACCACCACCACACCCAGCCGGCCACGCCCUCCCCUGGCCUGACCGCUUCCCAGAAGACUGUAACUACAGCUUCUAUGAUUACCACAAAGACACUACCUCUCGUCUUGAAAGCAGCAACUGCGACUAUGCCUGCCUCUGUUGUGGGCCAGCGACCUACCAUUGCUAUGGUGACCGCCAUCAACAGUCAGAAGACUGUGCUCAGCACUGAUGUGCAGAACACACCAGUCAACCUCCAGACGUCUAGUAAGGUCACUGGGCCAGGGGCAGAGGCUGUCCAAAUUGUGGCAAAAAACACAGUCACUCUGCAGGUUCAGGCAACACCUCCUCAGCCCAUCAAAGUACCACAGUUUAUCCCCCCUCCCAGACUCACUCCACGUCCAAACUUUCUUCCACAGGUUCGACCCAAGCCUGUGGCCCAGAAUAACAUUCCUAUUGCCCCAGCACCUCCUCCCAUGCUUGCAGCUCCUCAGCUAAUCCAGAGACCUGUCAUGCUGACCAAGUUCACCCCCACAACACUCCCUACCUCCCAAAAUUCCAUCCACCCCGUCCGUGUCGUCAAUGGGCAGACUGCAACCAUAGCCAAAACGUUCCCUAUGGCCCAGCUCACCAGCAUUGUGAUAGCUACUCCGGGGACCAGACUCUCUGGACCUCAAACUGUACAGCUGAGCAAGCCAAGCCUUGAAAAACAGACAAUUAAAUCCCACACAGAAACUGAUGAGAAACAAGCAGAGAACCGCACCAUCACUCCACCUGCUGCACCGAAACCAAAACGGGAGGAGAACCCUCAGAAACUUGCCUUCAUGGUGUCUCUAGGAUUGGUGACACAUGACCAUCUAGAAGAAAUCCAAAGCAAGAGGCAAGAACGAAAACGAAGAACAACAGCAAACCCUGUAUACAGUGGAGCGGUCUUUGAGCCAGAGCGUAAGAAGAGUGCAGUCACAUACCUGAACAGUACCAUGCAUCCUGGAACCCGGAAGAGAGGUCGUCCUCCAAAAUACAAUGCAGUACUGGGGUUUGGAGCUCUUACCCCAACAUCCCCCCCAUCCAGUCAUCCUGACUCCCCUGAAAAUGAAAAGACAGAGACCACAUUCACUUUCCCUGCACCAGUUCAGCCUGUGUCCCUGCCUAGCCCCACCUCCACAGACGGUGAUAUUCAUGAGGAUUUUUGCAGCGUAUGCAGAAAAAGUGGCCAGUUGCUGAUGUGUGACACGUGUUCCCGUGUGUAUCACCUGGACUGCUUAGACCCUCCUCUGAAAACAAUUCCAAAGGGCAUGUGGAUCUGUCCCAGAUGUCAGGACCAGAUGCUAAAGAAGGAAGAAGCAAUUCCAUGGCCUGGAACUUUAGCAAUUGUUCAUUCCUAUAUUGCCUACAAAGCAGCAAAAGAAGAAGAGAAACAAAAAUUACUUAAAUGGAGUUCAGAUUUAAAACAAGAACGAGAACAACUAGAGCAGAAGGUGAAACAGCUCAGCAAUUCUAUAAGUAAAUGCAUGGAAAUGAAGAAUACCAUCCUGGCUCGGCAGAAGGAGAUGCACAGCUCCCUGGAGAAGGUAAAGCAGUUGAUCCGCCUCAUCCACGGCAUUGACCUCUCUAAACCUGUAGACUCUGAGGCCACUGUGGGGGCCAUCUCCAAUGGCCCAGACUGUGCGUCCCCUGCCACCGCUGCCACCUCUACGCCGGCCCCUUCCCCCUCCUCCCAGAGCUGCACGGCAAACUGUAACCAGGGAGAAGAGACUAAAUAACAGCCCUGUUAGGGACAGCCACAGGAUCCCGGGAGCCAAGAGAGCCAAACACUGAAGACUCUAGAAAAGCAAAGCCGGAUUUCUUCUGGAAAGUACAGAAUUCUUUUGGUUCUUUGGUUCCAGAGAGAGAGAAGAUGCUUGUGCCAGGGGGCACCAGAGUUUGCCAAUUGAUCCUUCUUAUUCUGUGUGUACAUGCAAAGAUUGGACCAUGUUACAUGAAAUAGUGCCAGCUGGAGGUUCUUUGCCAGCACCAUGCCAAGUGAAAUAAUAUAUUUACUCUCUCUAUUA